CGGUGCGUCGUGCGUGUUUGUUUUUGUUGUUUGUUGUGGCACAGUGUCCCGACGAACGCGUUGUUGGUCGUAGUCUUCUCGUUACCGUCAUGUAAAACCUUCUUUCUCUUCGUUAAAUCCGCGAUUUUUCGUGUCCUCUUAGUCACUUUUCGUUCCGAAUUUUAUCGCCGUUUACUUAAUUUUUUGUUAUUGUUAUAUUUUGUUUAAUGCACACACAUUUUACAUAAUAUGAAAAAUAUAUUCCAUACAUUUCGCGCAUACAUAUCGUAUUGAAUGUCAGCCGUACACUCGCGCACGGUAUAGACAGAGUGGUUCAGCCGAAUGCGAAUUGGCAAAAAAACCGCCGAAGAUCACCUAACACCUAGCACUCAGCAGCACCUGUCGGUCGAGGAAUUUAAAUGCUGGGCGAUUGAUCACAAGGUGAUCCGAUGAUGUCGUCUAUGAAACCGGCUCCACUGCAGUUUGUCAAGCUGGCACCGUCCGAUCUCUAUCGUUCGGCGCAAGACCAGCUGAACAAAACGGCUGCAGUGGUCGUCAAGCCAAAACCAAAAGAAUUUGAUGCCGAAUGGCAAUCGGACUUGGACAAUUGGAAAAGUAACCGGAGAAAACAACAGGAACACAUUAUCGAGCGAUUGGUAGAGGUGAAGAAAUUUGAAACGGAUAGGCUGGACGAUGGGUUCCGGAAAAGGAGCAAAACGUUUAACGAGAUGAUACAAGAAAGGGGUAGAAGCGGCCGAUUGAGGAGUUUGCCCGCCUUGUACCAGGAUGACGACGACGGUAACGAUCUCAGCGACCUCGGUUUGAGCACGGGCAAGAAGAACUGCGUCGACGACUACGAUGAAGAAGAGGUGCAUCGGGAUCACGUGGCGGAGGAGCAUCGCAGUCGUUCGGCGGACGGCGGUGUUAAGGAUCGAGUCCUGCACCAGUUUGGUAGCCGGACUGAAGACCUGCCUGAAGAGGACCACGAGGAGGAAGACGUGUUCCGUGGAGCCGAAGAACCCGUGGCUGUGGCCGUCAGAGUGGCGACGGUACAGACGAUCGCCGCGGUCGCUCCAACGGUGACCGAACAGGCGGUGGCCGAAAACGGAUACGACAGGGCUAUCAAAGACUACGUUGAUUUCGCCGAGUCCAAGCGGACUUCCGUGGCCAAGUGCGAAGAGCAGCCGCUGCCAUGUCGUAAGCCCGCCGUGGCCGAGAUAAGGCGUCGGAUGUCGGCCCCCAAAAUCGAGGAGAAAGUCAUGUUGCUCAAGACCCGAUCGCAGUCCACGAGAGACUUGAACGCCUCAGCCACCGGUGAACUGCCCAAGGUGGACAUUGGUAAACGCCGAGAGAUAUUCGAGAAGAUUUGUUCGGAGACGAAAGCUGCCGACGUGCAGCACACUAUCGCGGCUAGACAACCAUCGCUCGCGAAAAAAAAGUCUGUCAAAACGUCGCCGACGCCAUCGCCACCGGCAAGUGUUGCCGCUACCACCACAGACGUUUCCCUGCAACAAGUGGUCGAAGAUAUUUCUCCGCCCGAGUCGCCGUUGCGAGGUAAGAUUUUAAAACAUCCAUCUAAGAUUGUGGAGCCGCAAAGCGAACAGGAAGUGACUUACAGUAGCGAAGAAGAAAUAUUGCAGCACCGCGGUCUGGCGGUCGACUCGGAAGUGGAGGACGAAACGACGACAGCGUCGGCGGAGGAGGAGAUGAUGGCCGAGGAGGAAAAACCUAUAGUAGCACUGGAGAAAGAACGCGUUUGCAUGGUGGAGGACGAGUAUCACCAUCACCUGCAGCACAUCCGUCACCAUCAGCAGCUCUCGUCCCUUUCCGAUCUGGUCAGCAGGCACUCGAUCGACAGUUUGGACCAGGAGUGUGGUCACACGGUCGAAGACCCGGACGACGGUAACUACCCGGGUUCGUGUCUGAGCGCCGAAGACAGCGGCGUGCACACCGAGGACAUGUCGAGUUGCGUGAGCCAAGCCGACGACGAGGAACGGUCCAACUUACAGCCCAGCCCCGUGCUUUUGCAGCAGCCGCCGAAUGUCGUCCAACAGCACGUCGACGACACGUACAAUAUGGUACUCGAACUGACGCCCAUCAACGCACUGGAACCCCCCAAAGAGAAACCACCUCCACCACCCGUAGACGCGUAUCCAGACGACGAUGGCCAGGUGCAAUUACCGCUAGAACCCGCUGUAGACAGCUUGGAGUCGGCCAAACGCAUAAAGAAAGAAAUGUGGAUGAAACGUUCCAGUUUCCUUGGCCUGGAAGAAUACACGAACGGCAACGCCAGCUACGAGCACGAUUUGGAAAAUUUGAAGUCAAAACCGCCCGAUUUGACGUCGUUCUUGGAGGAGGAACGUCGGCUGGAAAAACUGUUGUACAAUCAGAAUAAACCCGAACGGCAACCACACGACACUACCAGGAUUUACGAGAACGUUAACAACAUUCCGUCGCAGAACGUCUACGUAGACGAUGGUGGCGACAGCGAGAGCAGUCAGUACAUGAGGGACAUAUUGCAGGUGGAAGAGCAGAGUCGAUGUAAUCAGUUGAAGAACAAAGCGGCUCAAAAUAACAUAGGCGAAAAACUAGUGAAAAAGUUAAAAGAACUUGAAGAGGAUCUGAACAAUCAAGAGUGCGCUCGGGUCGGAUCGGCACACUGGUUGCCACCGCCUACUCGUCACUCCAUGCAGGACAUCUCGUCAACUGCCUCGGUCGCGAAUGCUGGACCGCAACCACCGGCACUGGACCUCACUCAGUCCAUGCCAAACUUGGAGCAACAGCAGCCCGUCCACAGCACCAGUCAACACCAUCAACCCGAAGAUUUCACUUGGUCUUCUCAGAACGGCUGUCCCAGACCGACCCAACAGAGCGUCUACGCCAAAAGAAAGCCGAUUAACAGCCAGCCGGAAAAAUAUAACUACCAACACUGGCUAAUUCAAGAAGCAGAACACCGCCGUUUGGUUGACCGGUGUAACCGUCAAGUGCCGCCCGGCGCAAUAGCGUCAAACCAACCGCGUUCGCGUACCAGACCGUCUCUUCCGCCUCCUCCACCACCGGCGCACAAUAAAAAACCUCUGCCCGACUCAGUCAUUAACACCCUGACUCAGCGCGUGCAAGAUCGUUUGUCAUUCAACGAUUUUCACAGACACGAUCACAUCACCAGCGACGCUGCUCCACAAGAAUCAAUGUUGAGCGUCAGUGGCAAAAAGAAGUGUUCGCACUGUUCAGUGGAACUGGGUCGUGGUGCCGCCAUGAUAAUUGAGAGCCUGCAGUUGUUUUAUCAUAUUGAGUGCUUCAAGUGUUGCGUCUGUUGCGUGCAAUUGGGCGACGGCUUAAUGGGGACUGACGUACGAGUCAGGAACAAAAAGUUGCAUUGUCACAAUUGUUUUUCGAGUGAUGAUGGAGUAAAAUUCAGUUGCGUAUAGGAUAUACGUUAAGUGAAAUAGUAUUAAAACAUAUAAAAUGCGAAUUCAAGUGUUAAAUCU